GACUCCAGGCCGGGCAGCGGAGCGGGAAGAACGAAGGCAAAGAGGGGGCCUGAGGUCCUGGGGCAUCUUGGCUCCACUACUCUUAGUCAAAGGGACUUUUGGAUACUCUAGGUCUCAAUUUCUUCUUUUAAAAAGAAUGAUACGACGCCCAACCGGCGCAGGCGCUCCAUGGAUGCUUGGGACCUACCCUCCUUCCCUGUCUUCACCAAUCAUCAGGCCGACCGUCGCGUGACGCCAUCUCAGCGCGACAGGGGGAAGGGCGGGGCUUAGGCGGCGUACGGCGUUUCCUGGUAACUGUCGGCGCGGGGACGCGGAGGGGAUGCGCGGGCCGGAGUCCCUGACAGGCCUGGAGCCCCGGCCGGGGCCGGAGGUUCUGGGCCAGGCCGCCCGGCUUGCCUCCUCUGGGCUCCUGCUGCAGGUGUUGUUUCGUUUGAUUACCUUCGGUUUGAAUGCAUUUACACUUCGAUUUCUUUCAAAAGAAAUAAUAGGAAUAGUAAAUGUCAGGUUAACAUUGCUUUACUCAACUAUCACCUUCUUAGCAAGAGAGGCAUUUCGCAGGGCAUGUCUGAGUGGGAGUACAGAUCGAAAUUGGAGCCAGACCUUCAACCUCUUAUGGCUAACAGUCCCUUUGGGUUUGUUUUGGUCCUUGUUCCUGGGUUGGGUCUGGUCCGAGAUCCUCGAAGUACCUGAUCCUAAUGUAGUACCCAAUUAUGGAGUUGGAGUGGCAGCAUUUGGCCUCUCAGCAGUGAUUGAACUCUUAGGAGAACCUUUCUGGAUCUUAGCACAAACACAUAUGUUGGUCAGGCUUAAGGUGAUUGCUGAAAGUCUGUCGAUAAUCCUCAAAUGUAUUUUGACAGCUGUUUUAGUCGUGUGUUUGCCUCAUUGGGGACUUUACAUCUUUUCUUUAGCUCAGUUGUUAUAUACCACUAUUUUGGUGUGCUGUUAUGCCAUUCAUUUCAUGAAGCUAAUGAGUUCCCAACAGUCAACCAAGAAAUCUCUUCCAAUCUCAAGAAUGACAGAUCUGUUACCUCACAUCACAGUCAAUGGGACUUUUGUUAAUUGGAAAGAGGCUAAAUUGACAUGGAGUUUCUUCCAACAAUCCUUCCUGAAACAGAUUUUGACAGAAGGUGAGCGGUAUGUGAUGACAUUUUUGAAUGUGUUAAAUUUUGGAGACCAAGGUAUUUAUGACAUAGUGAACAACCUCGGCUCACUUGUGGCCAGAUUGGUUUUCCUGCCAAUUGAGGAGAGUUUUUACGUAUUCUUUGCUAAAGUUUUGGAGAGGGGAAAGAGUGUCAAGCUUCAAAAACAGGAGGAUAUUGCCAUGGCAGCAAAAGUUUUAGAGUCCCUGCUAAAACUUGUCCUUUUGGUUGGUCUGACAAUUACUGUUUUUGGCUAUUCAUAUUCUCAGCUGGCCUUGGAUAUUUAUGGAGGGUCCAUGCUUAGUACUGGGUCAGGUCCUAUUCUCCUUCGAUGCUAUUGUUUAUAUGUUCUCCUGCUUGCUGUAAAUGGCAUAACUGAAUGUUUCACAUUUGCCUCUAUGAGCAAAGAGGAAGUAGACAGGUAUAAUUUUAUUAUGCUGGCCCUGUCAUUCACAUUCUUGCUGUCUUCCUAUUUCCUGACCAAGUGGCAAGGCAGUGUGGGCUUCAUCUUUGCCAACUGUUUUAACAUGGGAAUUCGGAUUGCACAAAGCAUACGCUAUAUCUAUAGGUACUUCAGAGAGAGUCCUUACAGGCCACUGGCAGGCCUGCUUCCUUCACCAUUUCUAAUUGCAGUCUACAUGCUUUGUGGAGUGGUUACUGGUAUUUCAGAGGUGUUUUUGUGCUGUGAGAGAGGCUGGCUGGCCAGGCUUCUGCACAUCAUUGUGGGGGCUUUGUGUUUGGGAGCCACCCUUGUGACUGUGUUCUUCACAGAGACCAAGCUUAUCCUCUUUAUUCGAACUCAGUUCCUACCCAAAUAUACCCAGAAAAAAACAUGAACAUAUAAAAGGACCAGUUCCUGUAUUUAGUUCUACAGACCUGCCAGAAUGGUUUGUGGUGCAGAAGCUCAUUUCCUGUUCAAAGGAAGAAUAUCAUGAGAAUCCACUGAGGUUCUGGUAUUAACAAAACCAUAGGUUGAUAAGAAACUAGAAAGUGGGAAUCCAUUGGAAAAUAAUAGACAUAAUAUUUGGUUUAUGUUUCCAAUCCAUUUGGAAUUUUAAAUGUUAAUGAAGGAUAUAAUUUUUAAACAGAAAUGAAAUUAAUAGUAGCAUUUUCAAUUGUCUUUUCAUCAUUUUGUAUUGAUUUUUUUUUUCUUUGUUGAUUCCUUUUUGGUUUUAUCUAGCUUAAUAGCCAAUUGUAUAAUUUCUAGUUUUUUUUAGUUUUGAGUAAACAUUGAGCCCUCCAAAAGAAAUCUGAUUAUGUAACUGUCCUUUUUAAUUCAUUUCUUCAAGAAAGGAAGAAUGCUGAGUUUUGCUUACAAAACAGAAAUUAAGAUACUUGAGUGAUUCUUUUGUUGACUUGAGCCAACAAUUUGAUUUUUUUCUUUCAGAGAAGAAUAAAUGUCAUCCAUCCCACAAGUCAGGAAAAAGAAGCAUGUAGUCUUUCUGAGAAGCAUGUUUCUAAGAAGCUUGAAUUAUUAGGAAAUAAAUAAAAAGGAAUUUAGGAAAGUAAAAUAUAGAAUUCAGGAUGAAAGAAGGAUGACAUUUACCUUUUAGUUGAUUAUAAACAAUUAGACUAACCAUCCAAAAAAACCAUGGUAUUUUGAAGAAAGAGAUCACCAAAAAUGAGCUACCUUUGGUUCUAUAGCCAAAUGUUGUCUUUGUAGCUGACCUGCACUUUUUAUAGGGAAUGAAAAUAGUAUAGAAAAGCAACUUUGACUGAACAUCUUUGUUUUUUGUGUUUCUCCCUACUUAGAAAACAUAAAACUUAAACUAAUAAGUCAGUAAUCAAACAUCUGUGACUUUCAUUAGCACAAAAAUUCCCUCUACCAAUUCCAAUUGCAUACUGUUUAUAAGUUAGAGAAGUUUUAGAUAGUUAUAGGAAGCUUAGAUAGAUUCAAUGAUUUGCCUUUGGUCCCACAGCUUAUGAGUUCCUGACUCCAAAUCCUAUACUCUUUACUAAGCCUUAUUGUCUCUCCUUUAUUGUAACAAAUACCAUUCUGACAUUUUAUUCAUGAAAGAUUGUGCCUUUGCAAUAUGACCAUCCCGAGUUGUUGGCCCACUUAUUUCUACUUUUAGUUAUGACAAUAAAUAUGAUAAAUUUCCAGCCUAACCCAAGAAUAGAGCUGACCCAUGAUGCUCAAAGUGUAGAGGGGUUUAUAGAAUAAUAAUGGAAAUUCAAUCUCAGUCAUUCAGUCAUCAUUUGACCACACAGAGCUCAUACUGUGUGCAAGGUCAUAUGCUAAAUAUAAACACUGUGGCACAUCAAAAGAUGGAUAAGAAGCUGUCCUUAAUUAUCCCCAUAUUAGCCAUGUAAAAUGGAAAAAAUAGGCUCCUCAUCUGGGGUCUCUAAAUAGCUCUCCCUAGCUUUGCAGAAAUAUGUCUUCUGUGAGUUUCCCAAACCCAUGGUGCUCUGCCACCAGAAUAAACUUCAGCUUGUGCCCAUUAGAUCACACCCUUUCUAGUCAUUGUUCUAAAGAUUCAGGUUGCUAUUAUAAGACUUGUUCAGUAACUUCCUGAGUUCCUUGGAACUGAAAAUCUCCCAAACUUUUGAUCCCUUUGAUUCCCCCCACCUUUUUUUUUUGGCUGGGGCAAUUGGGGUUAAGUGACUUGUCCAGAGUCACACAGCCAGGAGGUGUUCAGUGUCUGAGAUCAGAUUUGAACUCAGGUCCUCCUGACUUCAGGGCUGGUCUUUGAUCCCUUUUGAUGAAGGUAGUAACAGACUAAGUUGGAGACUUUCAUUCUACUGAGCUAUAUUCCUGGUUCUCAUCUUCAUUGCCACUUCCAUUUCUCUUCCCUUAUAUUCCUGAUCUUGGUGGGAUUUGGCACAUUUUUCCCCCCUGGCUUCUUGUUUGGAGAUCAUUCUUGGCUGUGGUCUGUUAGUCCCUUUCUCCAAAAGCAAAUCCACAUUCACUUGUACUUUUUAUAGUUUUUUCAUAUUUUUUGUUUUUAUGUCACCACUUUGCAACUCCUCCCUCUUCCCCAAGAGCCAAAGAGCCAAGAGAAUUUUUAAAAAGAAAGAAAAAGAGGAAUAAGAGAAUUUGUAUUAUUUAUUUCACCACUUAUUUUACUUUUCUUUACCACUUACUAGACUAAUACUCUCUUCAGCUUCCUUUCUGUCCCACUAGAGGGCUUGCCUGUAAUUAUUAUAUCAGAUCAUUCUUUCACUGCUUCUUUGAAUUGUCUUUCUCCUACUUCAAACACCAAAACCCUAAGUCAUUCAAAUGCAGUUUUGCUAUCAAUGUCUUAGGCUAAACAUGACUCAAGCCAUUCUAAUGCUGCAGGUCUGAGACUGGAACAAAAUGAGUUACUUAAAGGUCAUAUAACAAUUAAAGAUAGCAUGGUAAGAAAACUCAGUAAACACACAACACCGCUUUCAUUGUUUAUUUACCCAUUCCAUCCCCAAUUUCCAUAUAAAAGCCAAUCUAGUCAUUAAGCAAGUUGGUGACUCACAUGGCAAUGAGACAUCUGUGAAGUCUGAAAGACACUGACUCCUCUUGGGCUGACAUUUUAAGAUUUCAAUAAUUUUGCAUUAGUCCUCUGGACCUUCAAGUUUCAGGAACAUUUUCCUCACAAGACUGCCAGCCCGUUUUGUGACUCAUAUCCAUAUUUUUCCUGGAUAUUUCCAUAGAAGAUAUACAAUUGAAAUGGAGAUUGUCCAUAAUUCUUUGUAACAUAAAAACACCACUAAGUAAAUGGCCUAGGUAAAUGUCAUUUUUUUCCCAUGUGACUAGUCUAUCAUCUUUUAUUUUUUUCCAUGCAUUCCUUUGAUAAUGUUCUCUAUACCUGUUUUCCUUUGUUAAAUUGUUAGAGGGGAGAAAAGUACUUUACAUGUGUUUGGUAUCAGUUUCACUAGAGGCAUAUAUUUCUCAUACAUAAUCUGCAUUAUGCAGUUGCAAAAUAGCUCCCAGAUUUACAUAGUAACAUAAUACAGUAAGAGAAGAAAAAAAGUUCUUAUGCAUUCCCAAGUUUAAUCUCAGUGGUUAUUUCUGGUUUAAUGUUUACAUGUAAAUGUUUCAGACUAGGACAGAAUUGUCUAAAGGAAGCAAACUCAAAAGUUCUUUUUAUAGUAUUAACAAUUUAGGACAUGGUAUGUGAUCUCAAAAAUCCUCAUGUAAGACAAGCAGUUGCAAAUUUCUAAACAAAUAAGUUAGUUUGUUUUGUUGUUAGGUUUGUUGUUUUGUUUUGUAUCACAACACAAGCGUGAUGUAUAGACGCUUAUCUAUACCUGGAGACCUAUAUUUUUUAAUUUCUUCUAAACAAUUCCUGUUUUUUCCCACUGUGUGGUAGCCUUUUUUUUUUUUUAAAUGAGUCUUUGUUUCAGAGAGAAGUUUGAAGUCAUUAAUUGUUAUUCAGUCAUGUCCAACUAACUCUCCAUGACCCUGUGGAUCUUAUCACACAAAGCCAUUCUGUCCUCCACUAUCUCCCAAAGUCUGUCCAAACUCAUGUUCAUCGCUUCCAUGAUACUAUCUGUUGCAUUCUUCCAUCCCUUUCUCCUUUUGUCUUCAAUCUUUCCUGUCUUCUCAUUACAUGUCCAAAGUAUUUAAGCUUCAGUAUUUGUCCCUCCAAUGAAUAGUCAAGAGUUAAUUUCUUUAAGUAUUGAUUGAUUUGAUUUCCUUGUGGUCCAAGGAACUCUCAAAAGUCUUCUCUAGUGUCACAAUUUAAAAGCAUCAAUUCUUCAGUGCUCAAUUUUCCUUAUAAGUCCAACUCUUACAAUUACAUUGUUACUGGAAAAACCAUUACUUUGACUAUAUGGACCCUUGUUGGCAAAGUGAUGUUUCUGCUUUUUAGAUGCUGUUCAUGUUUGCCAUAGCUUUCCUUCAAAGAGCAGGAGUCUUAAUUUCAUAGCUGCAGUGCCAUCUGCAGUAAUCUUUAAGCCCAAGAAUAUAAAAUUCUUUCCUUAUCCCAUUAUUUGCAGGAAAGUAAUGUCCCCACUUGCUAUGAUCUUAGUUGUUUUGUUUUUUUAAUUGUUAAGUUUUAAACUUAAGUCAUUAAGUAGAAUUCUGCAAUCUUCCAAAUAUAAUUCAGCCCACUCCUUUCAGUACUAGGCCCAACUUGUGGUCUAUCUGUAGUACUUGUUUAAGAUACUAAUAGACAAAUUCCUGAAGUUGUCCAUUCAAAUAUAUAUUUGUCCAAACAAACGUCAUUUUUCAUUCACUUGGAUUUUCCUGUUGGAUUGUCAAAUCAAUCUCUCUCUCUCUCUGUCUUUCUCUCUCUCUCUCUCUCUCUCUCUGGCACUUAAUUGUAUUUUUUUUUCCAAUUACAUAUAAAGGUAAUUUUCAGCAUUCAUUUUUUUAAGAUUUUGGAGUUCCAAAUUGUUUUCCUUUCUCCCCCUUUCCUCCCAUCUUCCCAAGACAGCAAGUAAUCUGAUAUAGGUUAUGUAUGUAUAAUCAUGUUAAAUAUAUUUCCAUAUUAGUCAUGUUGUAAAAGAAGAAUAAGAACAAAAGAGAAAAACUACAAAAAAGGAAAAAAAAAGUGAAAAUAGUAUGCUUUGAUCUGUAUUGAGAUUCCAUAGUUCUUUCUCUGGAUGUAGAUGGCAUUUUCCAUCACAAGUCUAUUGGAAUUGUCUUGGAUCACUAUAUUGCUGAGAAGAGCUAAGUCUAUCAUAGUUGAUCAUCACACAAUGUUGCUGUUACUAUGUACAAUAUUCUAGUUCUGUUCACUCGGUAUCUGUUCUUUCCAGAUUUUUCUGAUAUCUACCUAUUUAUCAUUUCUUAUAGAACAAUAAUAUUUCAUUAUAUUCAUUUAUCACAACUUGUUCAGGCAUUCCCCAGUUGAUGGGUACCCCCUCAAUUGCCAAUUCUUUGCCACUACAAAAAGAGCUUUUUUGUAUUUUUGUACAGGUAGGUCCUUUUCCCUUUUUUAUGCUCUCUUUGGGAUACAAACUUAAUUUUGAACUAAAAUAUUAGAACCAGCUCAGAUGAACUCCAGAGAGCCAGUUAAAUUUUCAGUAUGAACAUUUAUACCUUGAAAAUUGAAAAAUACUACAAAUCAGGACUGGAUUCAUUUUUGUUGAUUGUCAAGGCUUAAAAAGUGAUAGAGAAAAUAAUGACGAAGAUUAAAUUUAAAACUGAGUCUUCUGAGUAUACAUGAAUAUUUGUAUGUGUGUGUGUGUGUGUGUGUGUGUGUGUGUGUGUAUAAAACAAUUUUUAUUAUGAGGAUGGGUUGUUAAAAUAUUUCAUCUUUGCUUUGGAGGUGAUUUUAUAUCUAUCUCCUUUAGGAGGCUGCUCCAUAAGUCAUCCAUGGCCUAAUGUUUUCAGCUCAAUUAAGCUACAGAGACUGUAGAGACCUGACUCUAGGUAGUAUCUUCACUAGGACAAUGGCAUACAACUUCAGCGAGCAUAUGUCUCAUUGUGUUAUGCCUCACUCAGUAUUAGUCAUCAAAGUGUUGAUAAAACCCUGGUCUGCUGUUGGAAAUCUCUUGUGAAGACUUGCCCAAUCCCUUCUAAUACUUACCUCAUCAAAGAAAUCAUCAAUGCAAAUACAGAUUAUUAUGAUAAAAAUUAUACAAUUUUUUCACUUUUAUUGUAGGAAUUGUAAACAAAGAGAAUUUAACGAUCUUUCUUUUAAAGAAUGAAGAACUAAACCACAAACAUAGACAUUGAGUUGUGUAAGAGCAUUAGAGACCAGUUUUCUACUUGCCAAGAGAACAUCCUGAGUCCUUGACUAAAAGGGCCUCUGGGAGAUGUAGGGAUUGAGUAAGUCUUAAAAUAACAUUAUGUUUUCUCUCACCUGAGGUCCCUGGGACACAAGGGUGAGCAGAGCCAACAUGGUCUAUUUGGAAGAGGAGUUCAAAUGGAUGACUUGAAACUGGAAAUGAGGAGAGGACUCUGAGGCAAUUGGCCUUUGUAUUAGGUGUUUCCUCUACUGCUGCCACCAUUUAACUCGCCUGAAGUAACCCUGAGGAAGAGUGGUUGGAAGGAACUUGUGUAACUUUUCAGGAUCAAGGAUAGUAGUUUAUCUCCUUUUCCCUGCUUUCUGCAGGGGGCAGAUAGGCAGCUUUUACACUGUCCCAAUGGGCAAAACUUAGAACCAUUGAUCAAAAGGAAUGUCCUAAUUGAAGGAAUGGGGAAAAUGAUACUAUGUGCCUGAAUUUGAGAGCCAACAAGAGAUGGUAAUGGGUUCUUCUAAAUCAAAUACCUUGUACUUCUAUUCACUUUAAGACAAAAAUCUAUGACCCUGACAGAAAAUGGGGGCAAAAGAUUCUAAGAAUUUUACAGUUUUCAGACUGUGAUAAGUAUUAAUUUAUCUGAUUGUGUACUAAAUGUGAUUUCCUUGUCCAAUGACCAGUGAGUCAACAUUGAACUUUUGAAAAAAUUGAACAUAUCAAUCAUGGUAUUAUCAUGAAUGAAAACAAAAGAUAAAAUUGUGGCUAAAUAAAAGGAAAAGUAGCUCAAAAUUUCUCCUUGAAAAGACAAAUAAAGGAGUUGGGGAAGUUAUGUUUAUUAUGUAUCUAAAGGCUUCAAAAAAACAUCAUUGAAUGUUUGCUUAUCUCUUUUUGCAUAGCUCAUGAACUGUUUGCAAAGACUAUCAUGAAAAUAUUUGCAGUUGCUAUACCAUCUGCUAAGAGGAGGAAGUAAAGAAAUUCUGUGAAGAACUUGAAAAAAUACUCCAAAUAAAAUCAACAUGUACUCGAAGAG